AUAUACAUGGAUAUGUAGCCUAAGACAUUUGUGUUUGCUGAUAUAGGCAUAUAUAAAUAUAAUAUAUAUAUAUAUUGAUCGGAGAUGGGGGCGGUGACGUCGUCAAUGGCGGCGAAGUUCGCGUUCUUUCCGCCGAAUCCGCCGUCGUACACGGUGGUGGUGGACGAAUCCACCGGCAAAAUGAGGAUCACCGACGUCUCCGAGAGGGAAAACGUCGACGUUUUGAAGCUGGCCACCAAGAGGGGUACUGAGAUUGUGGCGGUGUAUAUGAAGAAUCCGGCGGCGGAGUCUACGGUGCUCUACUCCCACGGCAACGCCGCUGAUCUAGGUCAGAUGUAUGAACUGUUCAGCGUACUCAGUAUUCAUCUCCGAGUCAACUUGAUGGGAUAUGAUUAUUCAGGGUAUGGACAGUCCACUGGCAAGCCAAGUGAGCAGAACACUUACGCAGACAUAGAAGCUGCAUAUAGAUGCCUUGAAGAGACUUAUGGGGUUAAGGAGGAGGAUGUCAUAUUAUACGGGCAAUCCGUUGGGAGUGGACCCACUUUAGAUUUGGCAUCCCGUUUACCAAGAUUGAAGGCUGUGGCUCUUCACAGUCCAAUCUUGUCAGGCCUUCGAGUCAUGUAUCCAGUGAAGCGAACAUACUGGUUUGACAUAUAUAAGAAUAUUGAUAAAAUACCAUUGGUGGGCUGUCCUGUUUUAGUAAUUCAUGGAACUGCAGAUGAUGUUGUGGAUUGCUCCCAUGGUAAGCAGCUUUGGGAGCUCUGUAAAGAAAAAUAUGAACCACUAUGGAUUAAAGGAGGAAAUCAUUGUGACUUGGAGAUCUAUCCGGAGUACAUACAGCAUCUAAAGAAGUUUGUUUCAGCCGUUGGGAAAUUAUCACAUUUGAGAAAUAGUUCUGGAUUGAAUACAGAUCAAUCCGAGAAUCCCAGAAGCAGCACAGAUUGUCGAGACAAACCUAGAUCGAGUACAGAUCAGAGGGAGAGGUCUAGACUAAGUAGUGAUCAGAGAGAGAAAUCAAGAUCAAGCACAGACCAUAGAGAGAAAUCAAGAGCCAGCAUUGACAGGAGGGAAAAAGAGAAGAAGGUCGAGCAUCCUGAGAAAGCAAAUAACAGCACAGACCAGCCAGAGAAAGCAAGGAACAGCAUUGAUCGCUUUGGAGAUAUGAUGAGGUCAGUCGGAUUGUGCAAUAUCGAUUGUUUCAAGCCUACAGGAGCUGCUGGGAUCUGAGGAUAGGAAGAAAGGUCAGUCCAAAAGUCGAUUCCAUCUGGAUUUGUCCCUUUUUUUUUUUUUUAAUUAGUCCAUUGGUUUUAUUGGGUUAUAGGAAAAUGUCUAUUUUUGAAUUUCAUGUUUCAGAUAAACAAUAAAAAGUUAAUUUAUCUAGAUUAUGUAUCUUCUAACUUUUCUCUCAAUUGGAAGAAAUGGAUCCAUGUAACAACCCCAUUUAAGUGGGGACAAAAGCUUAUUGAAUUGAGCUGAAUUGCAUGGAGUAUAAAUCUCUCCCUUGGUUGUUAGAUUGGCUGUUUCA